CCUUCUCUCUUCCAAUCGAGACAAAAGAAGGAGAAAGGCGAGGAAGAAGCACAUCGCGGCACCUUGGAGACGACUACCAGCACGGACGCGCGCACGCACACGCACACGCACGCACACCCUACUAACCUUUGCACCUUCAUUGUCCAACGUACCCCGGUCCAUUCGAACCGCUGGACGCCGUGUUCCAACGAUGUACCUGUGGAUUCUGCUGCUCUUGGGAGGUUUGUUUGCUGGACGUGCUAACACGCAAGAUGACGUGCCCCCAACAGAUGAUGCGACAGUCCAUUCAACCUUGCUGCCCGAAUUUGAAAUGCACUCAGAAAUGGAGGCCGAAGCUGCAGCAGAGGAAAUGCUACCAGGAAGUGAACCCGAGUCAACUGAAGCUGGAGCCCAUGAAGAAGUGACGCCAGCUGAGGGGGAAGUAGAACCAGAGGCUCCGUCAGAGGCAGAAGCGGAGGAUCCCGCAGAGGGAGAAUCCGAAGGAGAAGCAGAGGCAGCUCCAGAAGGAGAAGACGACGUGGCAGCUGACCCAGAGCAAGAGGCUGCAGCAGAAGAAGAAACAGAGGCUGCAGGAGAACCAGAGCCAGAGCCUGCACUAGAUCCAGCGGCCGAACCAGAACCAGAGGCGGCAGAAGAACCAGCAGCAAAACCGGAGGCUGCAGCAAACCCAGCAGCUGAACCAGAAUCAGAAGCUGCAGAAGAACCAGCAGCUGAACCAGAACCAGAAGCUGCAGAAGAACCAGCAGCUGAACCAGAACCAGUAGCUGCAGAAGAACCAGCAGCUGAAUCAGAACCAGUAGCUGCAGAAGAACCAGAAGCUGAAGCAGAACCAGAGGCUGAAGAAGAACCAACAGCUGAACCAGAACCAGUAGCUGCAGAAGAACCAGAGGCUGCAGAAGAACCAGCAGCUGAACCAGAACCAGAGGCUACUGCAGCAGGAGAAGCAGAAUCAGAGGCUCCUGAGUCGGAACCAGAGCCCUCAACCCAAGAUCCUUCAGAUGGUCUAGAAGAUCCAGAAUCUGCGCAAGACAUUCCCGACGUCGACGAACAACCUUCUGCCAGCACUGAUGCUUCUCAUGUCCACAAAGAGCAUGGAUCUGAAGAUGAAGGCACAGCAGGAGCAGACACAGCUGUGCCACAUGAUGAGUCAGCUCACGUGGAGGUGGACGUCGGCACAGAAAUCAAGGCCCAGGACCCUUCAGAUGGAGGCUUUAACUUGGAAGAUGCUCUGUCACAAGGCGACGCACAGGACAUGCCGGCCCAUUCAGGGCGCAGCAAUAGUGGCGGAUCAGUGGCACAUGCUUCUGAAGCCACAGGAGAAGACGCUGAUGCUGAAGAAUCCGGUUCGGGCUCCUUGGCGGCGAUCUUAUGUGGUGUGGCUGUGGCCGUUGUGGGAGCAGUCACUGCAUAUUUUACCUACCAGAAGAAGAAACUCUGUUUCAAAAAUGUACAUGAAGAAGAUCCGGAGGCUGCGCGCAAAGCAGACGCAGGCGAGGCUCAGUCAGAUCCUCAAGUCCUUAGCAACCUACUGAAUUCCUCGUAGAGCGGAGGUGAUCACGUGACUCGACCCGGACCAACCACAGUCAAGCAAAGUGGCACGCUCGCUGGAGGCUUUCUCCACUGUGGAGCUGCAUUACUGUGAGGCCCCCAUGUGGGGCUUAGUAUGUAUGUAUGUGUGUGUGUUUUGUGUGUGUGUGUAUUCAUUAGUGCAGUAUGUGGGUAAAGCAACAAAGCAACUUGAUUUGCAACAACAAGAGGCCAGACAUUUGUAUGUCCAAACUUAUGUCUUCAUGACCGAAAAACUUUUUAUAAUUUUAUUGAGACACGCCACCCAUCCAUUUAUAGGAAUUGAAAAAAAAACCAAACAAAAACACACUGUGACUGAUAUCUUUUUUUUAAUGUCAAUUCUAUUAUUGUAUGUUGACAGGGUUUAUAUAUUUUAAACCAGCCACUAUAUUCACUCAAUGAAAUAAUAAUUGAACAUGGAAACAAUCCUGAAAAAAUGUAUUACAAAAAAAGGAUGUGUUAAGCAGGGUAGCCCUGCUACAAUGAGCAAAAGUAUCAGGACUGAUUUGUGAUCUAAACAAGAUAUUUUGGAUUUGGAACAUUUUGGCGAAGCCUACUUUUCCCCUCCUUAAUGGCAUGAUUGGUUGGGUUUGGUGGGGAAGAGUGUGAGAGCACCCAGACCUCAACCCCACCAAACACCUUUGGAAUGAACUAGAACGAUUGUGGACUAAUGAACAAUAUUCCCACCCAAAAGAGUAUACGCUAUCAUAAGUGCAACACUCCCAUUUCGUAAGUCUUGUGUCCCAGUACUUUUGCUCAUUUGGGUGUGUUUUAAGAUGUAUUAAAAAAGUCCAAAUGGCGUUUUAGUAGCUUAGGCCAAGUGUCACUGUGAGUUUUUGUACGUUGAUGUGCGUCAGUCUAGUUUUUCUAGCGUGCCUUUCACUGUCCCAACCUGGCUUGUCCCGUGUGUAGACACACUGAAUGUCUCCUGACCGUCCACUCUUUAAUGAGACGCUGACUUUAAUGUUUGGGCUUGAAGCACUCUCGUACGCACUCACCAGCCACAACUACAGAGGCGCACCUGCACAUUUACCGGUACUGUAAAAUACAGUACGUCCAGUAGGUACAGUAGACACGUCAGAGGAGGCACAGCAGCUUGAGAAACAUCACCAUUCUCUUUUACGCUCUUUUGAUUGAAUGAUUUAAUCGCAACAUUUUCCCUGUUUGAGCAGUAAUGAUUAAUUUCAAAGCCAAUUCACCUUUUUUUUUUUUUUUAACCCGAAUUUGAGUCUGUGUAUAACAUCCAACACCUAACAUCCAUUUUCUCUUCAGGAAAGCAAGUAAAUAACUACAAUUUGACAUCUUAUUCAAGAUAUAAUCAUAUACUUUACUGUUUUGUUUUGUUUUGUUUUUGGUAAAACAGUGCAUUUGAAAUUGUAUAUAUAACAAUAAUUCGAUUUUAUUGUUUCAGUUCAAGAGUCUACAUCUUGGUGUAUUAACCAUUACAGAAACAUUUUUGUAAUUGCCAACGCUGUUGAUUUACGGCAGCUGUGGCAUGAACCUUAUAUUGGGUGGUGGUGUAAUACAUUAACCACUGGAAGUGAUAUAUGAUAAUGUUGCUGAUGUCAGAAUCCACUGUGAUAUGGUUGAAAAUUCCCUGACUUGAAAUUUGACCUAUGCUUUGCAGUUCUUGUUAAAAUAAGAUGAUUUGUAGUAGGUCUAUUUUGUACAGAUAUAUGUUGUGUGUCAUUUUCAAAUUUAUUUUUAACUCCCCGGUCCAAGUGGACAUACUGUAACAGUAGCUCUAAUGUUUAUUGGGUUAUUUAAAAAAAUGAAUAAAAAAUAUUUAUCUCAUUUAAUAAUGGGUUAAUUGAUUUAGUAGUAAAAAUAGUAAAUUAUUUUUUCCCCACACUCAUUAAAUAACGGUUAAUUAAUUGUCAUUAAAUGAAUUAAACUAAAAUAAAAAAUGUGAAUUAUUGAAUUUUAAAAUGUAUGUACACGUUUGACUUUUUACCUUAUUUACAAAUGACUGCCCCUCUGUCCAUUAAAUAAAAUCGAAUGUGGCCCUUGCUCACAAGCGUUUGGUCGAGAGUCUGGCCGACACACUUUGAAAAAAAAUAAAAUAAAAAUGCUUUAGCACAUGCAGGUGUAGGUGUACCUCAUGUUGUGGCCUGUGAGUGCAUUUUACAGUCUCUACUACCUAUUACUCAGCAAGGUGUGCCUCUUUAUUCCAUUUAAGCCAGCUGUCUUUUUCUAACAGAAUCCCCAUUUUUUUUUUUUUUUUUUUUUUUUUUUUUUUUUUUUUGUAUUUAAAUCCUGUCCAUGUUGUAUAGUGAGGUGCCUCCGACUGAUUGUCUUUGAAUAGCGCGUGUUAUCUUUCGUGAUUGUUAUUGUGGAAAAUUGCCUAACUAUGAGGGUCUGCAUCGAAAAUGAUUUAGUAUGUAGUGUAGCGCAAACUGCUAACAUCUGAAUGUGUUUUUUUUUGUUUGUUUUUUUUUUCUGUUGCCUUACAUUUGCUGUGUUCCCUUUAAACCUUGCUUGCUGCUUUACGGUUAUUCUUUGGAAUUAAAAAAAAAAAAAAAAAAAAAAAAAAA